GCCGAACCAUUGUCGGUCUGUCCUGCUCAAGGGCCGAAUGAGCCCAUCGCGGACUACAUUCAGAGAGUGCAAACCUAUAUGGCCGCACUAACCCUUGCCAAGGAACGGCAAGAUGCUGCCGAAGCAGACAAACAGCGGCUAGCAGCAGAAGCUGCAGCCCACGCCCAGCAACAAGUUGAGGCGGCGCAGUUGGCGACCGACCAGCCCAACGCCGACAGUGUCGAGCUUCUGAUCUCUCAACAAGAUCAGUGGACAGCGGUACUCAACGGGAUGCGUUAUGUCCCCGUAGCAGGCGCCGAGCCGACGACAGUACAACAGGAGAGACAAAACCUGGCGGACAUUCUACUCAACACAAUGCGUGCCGUCAUCCGGAACAGCUCCAUGGGGGAACUUCAUUCCCGAUCUACACAGCAGCUACAGAACGAUCUCACCCAUAACGUGAAGACGCUUGCAACAGCCGUUAAGGUCGUAGACUCCCAGCUGAAACAGAUGGACACCCACAUUGCUGCUCUGGAGGCAAGGCCUUCCCAAGCAGCGCCAGGCUGCACAACAAACACAGCGAAGCAGCUCAAUGGGCGCAUCGACCAUGUCGUCAAUCUCAUUGGCGACCUAGGUGCUUUCACUGGUCCGGACACGAUCAGCAGCACGGUGGCCGCCAUCAAGAUGGACAUCACCAAGCUGCAGACAAGACCGGACGCCGCUACAAAGAACUACAAGAUGCCGCACUUCAACAUCAGCAAGUUCGACAACUACAACAAGACAUACACUUUGACAUGGUGGCAAGGCUUCCUCACGGAAGCAUCCUGCCGCACUGUCCCGGCUGAAGACAUGUUGAAGGCGCUCUACCUACAACUGAUUGGAGGAGCACAAGCAUGGAUGAACCAUCUUGCGGCCACCAAGCAAUGCACCAUCGCCGAACUCCACACACACAUUACGUGGAAGGAGUUCGAGCAACUAUGGUUCACUCGGUUCAUGGUCCGCAACGUCGUGAAGGCGGCCAUGAACGAGGUGUACACCAGCUCACAAGGAAGCAUGCCAACUCGAGACUGGACAAUCAAAUGGCGGAAGAUAGUGACCACGCCAGGCUUCGAUUUGAGUUUUCCAAACCAACGAUCCGAGUUUUUCUCGCGAUCGUGCGCACGACUGCGGUCGGCACUUGGCAACGAGUACGACUAUGCCUCAUUCCAGGCUAUUCUGGAUCGCGCGAACCUGGUCAUCCAAACGGACGACAAGGCCACUAACGAGAAGCAGUCCCAGCCGCACUAUGUGGCUAAGCAGGGCUAUCAACGACCGACACAUAACAAUGCCGUGAUUUCUGAAGAAUCCGUCGAUCUCCACGCUGCAGCAGCAUCCUCGAGUGAUGGAGGAGCUGUCGCAGCGCUCCCGCCGUCCCAAGAGAGUUCAAAGAAACUGGCGACACAAGCGACGACAUCGACGGGAACUGGGCAGCAGCCAUGGACGGCAUACGACACAACCAAGGAAGUAUUUGACCUGCGUCAACGAAUUCGCGACGCCAUAGCUCGGAACGACGUCGAGGAGAUGGGCCUUGUAUUCUUGCAUGCUCUCCCCUCGCUGGACGGACCAGCCGCGUCACCGCCGGACCCACGCAUUUCUCACCUCUUGGACGAGUAUAGAGACGUUUUCGAGGCUCCCACCGGAACGGUUCCGGAUCGGCCCAUACGUCACGGGAUCACUCUUGAGGCUGGUGUCGUCCCUCCGCGUGGAUGUAUUUACCGCAUGAGUGAAGAGGAACUCGAGGUGCUUCUUGCACAACUCGAUGACCUUCUCGACAAGGGCUGGACUCGCCCUAGUUGUUCGCCUUACGGCGCCCCUGUUCUCUUCGUCCGGAAGAAGAACAAAGAUCUACGGUUAUGCAUCGACUAUCGCAAACUUAACGCACAAACCGUAAAGAACGCCGGCCCUCUCCCUCGGAUUGAUGAUCUCCUUGAGCGGUUAGGCGGCGCGACGUACUUCUCAAAGUUGGACUUGAAGUCGGGUUACCACCAGAUUGAAAUCCAGCCUCAAGAUCGGUACAAAACCGCGUUCAAGAUGCGGUACGGGCAUUUCGAGUGGGUUGUCAUGCCAUUUGGCCUCACCAAUGCCCCCGCGACUUUCCAAGCAGCUAUGACGACUGAGUUUCGCGACUUGCUCGAUCACAACGUCCUCAUCUACCUCGAUGACAUCCUGGUUUAUAGUAGGACGUUAGACGAGCACAUCGUACACCUUCGCGCUGUUUUGGAUCGUUUGCGAUUGGCCAAGUACAAAGCGAAUCUCGACAAGUGCAAGUUCGCCAAGCAGGAGCUUGAGUACUUGGGUCACUUUGUCACGCCGAAAGGCAUUCGUCCCUUAGCGGACAAGAUCCGAGCCAUCGUGGAUUGGUCGGAACCCCGUUGCACGACGGUUGUACGCUCUUUCAUGGGUUUGGCUGGAUAUUAUCAGCAAUUCGUCGAGUCAUACUCGAAAGUGGCCGCCCCCUUGUCGAGACUUCAGUCCCCRAAGGUGCCCUUCGAGUUCGACGACGCAGCCCGUGGCGCGUUCACUACGUUGAAGGCAGCGAUGCAAGCCGCACCUGCCCUCCGUAUAUACGACCCCACCCUUCCCACCCAAGUGACUACGGACGCUUCGGGAUACGGUAUUGGUGCGGUGUUGGAACAGUGUCACGAGGACGGUUGGCAUCCGGUCGAGUACUUCUCCCAAAAGGUGCCUCUCGUCAACACUCUCGACGACGCUAGGAAGAAAGAGCUACUCGCGUUCGUCACCGUUCUCAAACGGUGGCGCCACUUUCUUCUCGGUCGCCGCCGACAUAGACGUCCCUUGCUCUCCCGCUUCUGCCCGGAAGUGUCGGGACUUGCUGAUCAAAGCCCGCACAAAUAUGCAAAAGGCUCAUAUCCGCAUGCAGCACAGGCUAACCGACGUAGACUUCCAUGUCCUUUCCGCGAGGAAGACCUUGUUUGGGUCCUCUCCGAGGAAUUUGCGCUCGAGCAGGACGUUUCGCGCAAACUCCUUCCGAAAUGGUUCGGACCAUGGGAAGUUACUUCUGCCGUUGGAGACGACCCCGCAGGUCCUUCCUUUGUGGUCAACAUUCCACCGCACCUUCCAGUGCACCGGGUCUUCCACGCAUCGAAGCUGACCAUCUACACGCCACCUUCCGCCGGCGAGUUUCCCGGUCGACGAUCACAGGAUCCGCCUUCUAUGGACGGACAUCAGGAAGUGGACCGAGUCAUCACGCACCGCAAGUAUGGCAACAAGCCAAUGCAGUUCGAAGUCACAUUCAAGCAAUGUGCGCCUGACGACACUCGGUGGAUCUCUAGUGCAGACUUGCAGACUUCUGCACCCCUUAUCUUCGCGGACUAUGAGAAGCGACGCCUUGCCAAGGAAGCAGCUCGUCCCGCCCGACCUGCCCCGGUAUCGGACAGACAACUCCGCCCUCGCAGGUAGCUCUGUCUUUUAAGAGGGGGAGUGUGUUACAUCUUCGACGCCACACGGGCCCUACCGGACCCGACUUAGA